AUGCCCGCCGACUUCGACCCCUCCAACUUGACGGCCGAGCAGUUGCCCGAGCUUCUCAAAGAUGACUUGUCAGUCAAGGUCGCGGGUAUCGACGUUGACGGCAUUCUACGUGGAAAGCUCAUGGCCAAGAAGAAAUUCCUCAGCAUUGCCAACGAAGGCUUUGGCUUCUGCAGUGUCAUUUUCGGCUGGGACAUGCACGACCAGACAUACUUCAAAGAGCUGGCCAUAUCCAACAAGGAGAACGGCUACCGUGAUUUGAUCGCCAUACCGGAUCUCACAUCUUUUCGGAGGAUACCGUGGGAAAACAAUGUACCCUUCUUCCUCAUUAGUUUCCACGAUCCCGACACCAAAGGCACUCUGAGCGCAUGCCCAAGAAGCCUGUUAAAACGUACCGUCGACAAGCUCAGGGACAAGGGCUACGGUGCCAUGGCUGGAGCCGAGUACGAGUUCUACCAAUUUCGCGCACCUCAAAGCCACGAUGGAUCGGAAAAGAAUACUUCGAGCACAGCUUCCUUUUUGCGCAACAAUCCAGUCGACGCCCUACCCAGCCUUACAGAAGGUAUGUUCGGGUACAGCAUCACCCGACCGGUCCACAACCAGGACUACUACUACAGUAUCUUCAACACCUGCGCCGAGUUCGACUGUGGCAUCGAGGGAUGGCAUACCGAGUCUGGUCCCGGAGUUUUUGAAGCUGCCCUUGAGUUUGGCGCAAUCGAAAGAAUGGCAGACAAGGCCUCUCUUUUCAAGCUCGUUGUCAAAUCUCUCGGAUCCAAGUACGGAAUAACACCAUGCUUCAUGGCAAAACCGCGCGAAGGUCUUCCGGGCAACAGUGGACACAUGCACGUGUCGAUUGUAGACGCCGAUGGCAAGAACUUGUUCUACCGAGAAGAAGAGGACAAAAACGCGCCUUACUCAGACAUCCGAUAUCUAUCAGACCUGGGUCGACAUUUCCUUGCAGGCCUCAUCGACGGUCUUCCAGACAUUAUGCCCAUUCUCGCGCCCAACGUCAACAGUUACAAGAGGCUAGUUGAGAAUUUCUGGGCACCCGUCACUGUAUCAUGGGGUCUUGAGCACCGCGCCGCCUCCAUCCGCCUCAUCUCACCCCCUACCUCUUCCCCGAAAGCCACUCGGUUCGAAGUCCGCGUACCCGGUGCAGACACGAAUCCUCACUUUGUGCUUGCCGCCAUUUUGGCGCUUGGCUGGCGAGGUAUCGAGAAGAAGAUGGAAAUCAGCAUACCGCCGCUCGGAAAGGGCGAGGAUGUCGGCAGUGACUCUGACAAGGGCGAGAGACUAGCCAAGAGCCUGAAGGAGGCGACAGAGCGCUUCAUUCGUAAGGAAAGUGUCGCGAGGGAAGUGUUUGGAGAUCAGUUUGUCGACCACUUUGGCGGCACAAGACAACACGAGAUCAGGCUUUGGGACGAAGCAGUGACCGACUGGGAAGUCCGAAGGUAUAUCGAGACGGUCUAA